AUGUGGGCGGCGGUGCCGGCGGUUCCCCCGCCGGCGAUGGAGCCUCUGGUGGCGGGGUUCAAGCCGGCGCGGCCGUCGUGGAAGCGGUCGGCGCGGACGCCCUGGAAGCGCAAGGCCCAGCCGCCGGCGUCGUCGGUCGGCACGAGGUGGGGCGGCGCGGCGGCCCCGCGCAACACGACGUCGUUCCUGAUCCGUGCGAAGCGGGCGGGGGGCGUGGCGUCGCUGGUGUCCCCGUACCCCGUGACGCCAGCGGUGCUCCCGACGCCCGUGCUGUCGCCGGCGCGGGAGGUGCUGGUGGAGAUGGCCAAGGAGGCGUGGGGCGUGGACGGGUACGGGUCCAUGAAGGGCCUCAUCCGCCUCCGCGCCGACGCCGGGGACGCCGCCGGCGACGACUCGGGCUCCGGCGAGAGCGACGUGGAGGAACACGUCGAGGUGGAGCGCCGCCUGGACCACGAUCUCAGCCGCUUCGAGAUGGUCCACCUCCCGGCCGCGGCCGCGGCCGCCCUGGGCGGCGGCGGGGAGGAGGACGAGGAGGCGCGCGCCGCGAGGCUGGAGGAGGAGAACCUGACCCUGCGCGAGCGCCUCUUCCUGAUGGAGCGCGACAUGGACGACCUCCGCCGCCGGCUCCUGGCCGUCGAGGAGCUCUGCCGGGACCGCCACAGCGACGGCUGCGUGGUGGACGCCGCCACCGCCGCCGCCGACGAGGCAGUGCUCUCUGAGAGCGCGGCCGCCGUCGCAUCCCCCGGCGCCGGCGCCGGCGAGGAGGCGGACACGGUGGACGCCAUGGCCAUGGAGAAGUGA